CUGAUAAAAAAAAAAUAAUAAAAAAAAAAUAAUAAAGAAGAUUGAGCUGAGAUAUUGAUAGUGAUCCCUUCUUUCUUCUUGUGAAUCUACUACACAAAAACACACAAUAAAAAGAUCUUCUUUCAUAAGAUUGUUUGAGGAAGAGGAGCAUAGUAAGUUUUGAUUGAUAGAAUGCCACCGCUGAACGAUGUUGACCAAAUGGAUUACAUGGCGGAAGAAGGAGACAUGUCUGAUUUUGCAGACGACGUGGAUGGAGAGGAAAAUGGCGCUGGAGAACAGAACGUUGAUGAGUAUGAUAUGCUUACGAAGGUGACGGAUACGUCCUCUGCUCAAGCAAGGAGCGGCAAAGAUAUUCAGGGCAUUCCCUGGGAACGAUUGAAUAUAACAAGAGAAAGUUACAGACGUACAAGGCUUGAACAGUACAGAAACUAUGAGAAUAUCCCCCAAUCGGGCGAUGCUGUUGAUAAGAAAUGCAAACAAAAGUCAAAAGGCGGUAACUACUAUGAAUUCUUUCAUAAUACAAGAUCAGUGAAACCUACAAUUCUUCAUUUUCAGUUAAGAAACCUGGUAUGGGCUACCUCGAAGCAUGACGUGUAUCUCAUGUCUAAUUACUCAAUCAUGCACUGGUCAUCAUUAUCUCAGAACUUGACAGAAAUUCUUAACUUUUCUGGGCAUGUAGCACCUACCGAGAAACAUGCUGGAAGUUUGUUAGAAGGUUUUACACAGACUCAGAUCAGUACACUUGCAGUCAAUAAUGAGUUUCUUGUGGCUGGAGGCUUUCAAGGAGAGCUUGCUUGUAAGAGAUUGGAUAAACAAGGAGUAAGCUUUUGUACAAGAACAACUUACGAAGAUAAUGCCAUAACAAAUGCUAUCGAGAUAUAUGAUGCCAUGAGUGGUGGACUGCAUUUCAUGGCAUCAAACAACGAUUGUGGUGUGAGAGAAUAUGAUAUGGAAGGAUUCCAACUUGUGAAUCACUUUCGCUUUCCUUGGCCUGUGAAUCAUACAUCCUUGAGCCCGGAUCGCAAACUCAUAACUGUUGUGGGAGAUGAUACAGGUGGAUUGCUUGUAGACUCUUUGAAUGGAAAGACCGUUGCUAAAGUGGAAGGUCACCACGACUACUCAUUUGCUUCAGCGUGGCACCCCGAUGGCAGAAUCUUUGCUACAGGCAAUCAAGACAAGACUUGCAGGGUGUGGGAUCUUAGAUAUCUUUCUAACUCCGUUUCGGUUCUUAAAGGCAACAUGGGUGCAGUUCGAUCCGUUCGUUUCUCAUCAGAUGGGCAGUUUUUGGUGGUGGCAGAGCCUGCAGAUUUUGUUCAUGUGUAUAAUACCAACUUAAACUAUGAAAAAAGGCAGGAAAUUGAUUUCUUUGGGGAAAUUUCUGGUGUUUCUCUUAGCCCUGAUGAUGAAACGCUGUACAUUGGAGUGUGGGACAGGACUUAUGCCAGCUUGCUACAGUUCAACAAACGACACAAGUAUGGGUAUGUUGAUUCGUUUGUGUAGUUCUUUAUAAUAGUCCUAAAAUAAAGUUGAGUUUGUUCUUUUUUUUUUUCUUUUUUUUUUUUUUGGGUGAGACCUAGUACUAUCUAAAGCCCAUUCCCCAGGGAAACAAUGUAUAGUGAAAAUCUUCGAAGCUGAGAAAGGUAUGUUAAGUAAGUCAGGAGUCUUGUGUAACUCAGGACAAACGGGUUAUUACUUGUUAAAAUGUCAAAUAGUGGCCGAUUUAUCCUUCCA